AUGCUGGCCGCACGCACGGGCACCGUGGGGGGAAAGAGCGCCGAUGAGUCCCUGAAGCUGAGGAAGCAGUCGGUGCUGUCCCUGGGCAGCAGGGAGCGAGCCCUGAAGAGCUCGGCCGAGAGCAGCAAGGAGGGCAGGGCUCGGGCCGGGCAGCCCCAGCAGCGGGCACGGCGCCUGGCGCUGCUGCGGGAGCUGGAGAUGAACUGGUACCUGCGGCUGUGCGAGCUGUCCCACGAGUACACCAUCGCCUACACCACCGGCAUGCCCCACAGAAACCUUGGCAAGUCUGGGCUGAGAGUGUCGUGCUUGGGGUUGGGGACCUGGGUCACUUUUGGAGGUCAGAUCUCAGAUGAGGUGGCCGAGCAGCUGAUGACCAUCGCCUACGAGAGCGGAGUGAACCUGUUCGACACAGCCGAGGUGUACGCGGCCGGAAAGGCAGAGGUGAUCCUGGGGAACAUCCUGAAGAAGAAGGGCUGGAGGAGGUCCAGUUUGGUGAUAACCACAAAGCUGUACUGGGGUGGCAAAGCUGAGACGGAGAGAGGCCUUUCCAGAAAACACAUCAUUGAAGGGCUGAAGGCUUCUCUCCAGAGGCUGCAGCUGGAAUAUGUGGACGUGGUCUUUGCCAACCGGCCCGACAACAACACCCCCAUGGAAGAAAUCGUGCGGGCGAUGACGCACGUGAUCAACCAGGGCAUGGCCAUGUACUGGGGCACGUCCCGCUGGAGUGCCAUGGAGAUCAUGGAAGCCUACUCCGUGGCCAGGCAGUUUAACAUGAUCCCGCCUGUGUGUGAGCAGGCUGAGUAUCAUCUCUUCCAAAGGGAGAAGGUGGAGGUGCAGCUGCCAGAAUUGUAUCACAAAAUCGGGGUGGGAGCAAUGACGUGGUCUCCCCUGGCCUGUGGGAUCAUCUCAGGGAAAUAUGGCAACGGGGUCCCUGAAAGCUCAAGGGCUUCACUCAAGUGCUACCAGUGGCUGAAGGAGAAGAUCAUCAGCGAGGAGGGCAGGAAGCAGCAGGGGAAGCUGAAGGACCUGUCCCCCAUCGCAGAGCGCCUGGGCUGCACGCUGCCACAGCUGGCUGUUGCAUGGUGCCUGAGGAAUGAGGGGGUGAGCUCUGUCCUCCUGGGAUCCUCCAACCCCGAGCAGCUGAUCGAGAACCUCGGAGCCAUCCAGGUCCUUCCAAAGAUGACAUCCCAUAUUGUAAAUGAAAUAGAUAAUAUCCUGGGCAACAAGCCCUACAGCAAGAAGGACUACAGAUCCUAA